GCCGAGAAGAUGGCGGACGGCGACAGCGGCAGCGAGCGCGGCGGCGGCGGGCCCGGCGGCUUCCAGCCCGCGUCCCGCGGCGGCGGCGAGCAGGAGACGCAGGAGCUGGCCUCGAAGCGGCUGGACAUCCAGAACAAGCGCUUCUACCUGGACGUGAAGCAGAACGCCAAGGGCCGCUUCCUCAAGAUCGCCGAGGUGGGCGCGGGCGGCUCCAAGAGCCGCCUCACGCUGUCCAUGGCCGUGGCCGCCGAGUUCCGCGACUACCUGGGCGACUUCAUCGAGCACUACGCGCAGCUGGGCCCCAGCAGCCCCGAGCAGGUGGCGGCGGCGGCGGCCGAGGAGGGCGGCGGGCCGCGGCGCGCGCUCAAGAGCGAGUUCCUGGUGCGCGAGAACCGCAAGUACUACCUGGACCUCAAGGAGAACCAGCGCGGCCGCUUCCUGCGCAUCCGCCAGACCGUGACGCGCGGCGGCGGCCCCGCUCCCGGCGGCCUGCAGAGCGGCCAGACCAUCGCGCUGCCCGCGCAGGGCCUCAUCGAGUUCCGCGACGCGCUGGCCAAGCUCAUCGACGACUACGGCGGCGACGACGACGAGCUGGCGGGCGGCCCUGGCGGUGGCGCGGGGGGCCCCGGUGGCGGCCUGUACGGGGAGCUCCCGGAGGGCACCUCCAUCACGGUGGACUCCAAGCGCUUCUUCUUCGACGUGGGUUGCAACAAGUACGGCGUGUUCUUGCGCGUGAGCGAGGUGAAGCCGUCCUACCGCAACGCCAUCACCGUCCCCUUCAAGGCCUGGGGCAAGUUCGGGGGCGCCUUUUGCCGGUAUGCGGAUGAGAUGAAGGAGAUCCAGGAGCGGCAGAGGGAUAAGCUUUAUGAGCGACGCGGCGGGGACGAGUCUGAGGGCGAGGAGGUGGAUGAGGAUUGAGACUUGCCGCUUCCCCGACGGGCCCCCCCACCCCACCUCCGUCCCCCUUCCUGCUCAUCCCCAGUGAGCCACCUGCCGGGGAACAAGGGAGGCCCCACAGGGAGAAAACAGAAUUUAAAACAAUGUAGUUGAUGAUGAGAAAUAACCAUAAGAGAACAGUCAUGGACUAUUAGAGAAAAGCAGGAAAGUUGCAAGGAACUGACAGCAGCCUGCGAAGACCGGACAACAGCCGCGUUUCAGCUGAGCAGUCUGUCUCAGCUUCUGUUGCUUCCCAGCCGAGGUUCCUAAACCCAUCAGGAGAGCCCUGGCCGGGACAGGUCCUCGCACACCACCCACCCCGGGCCCCAAGGAACACCUCUGAGGUGCCCUUACCCCUUGAUAACAGCUGAGUUUGUGUUGCACUUGAGAACCUGGUGGAAAGAUGUCACCAGACCUCACUGUUGCAGUGUCUAUCCCUUCACCUCCUUUGAAAUGAGCAUUUUGGAUCUAGAUCUUCAUGGAAUUCUUGAGAAGAGAGACCUUUGCAGUUACCGGUUCUGAGGGUACAGGUUUCAUGAAAAGGAAUGCAACGUUAAAUCAUCACGGACAGGGCAAAAUAGGAAUUUAAGAAGUCACUGGGGAAUACAACAGAUUGCAUCCAUUUUAUUCAGAAUGGUUUUGCACGCUACCUGGACCAAGGCCCAUGUCUUGUCUUCGCAGAAUUGUUUUCCAGGAUGCAGAUGAGUUCAGGUGACAGUCUUGAACUAGAAUCUAUUACUAAAAUAUUUUAAAAGUUGGCAAAAAUUCUUGAAGACGAAAGAGCAGUUUUACAUUGGGGGUUGCUGAGAUAGGCACAAGGAAAAGUCAGGCAUAAAGCACAAGGAAAAAAACUGUUUGAGUGGACUGGUUGCUGCUCACUAAAGUUCUUCCCCUGAUCUCUGAACAUGGAGGUCAUUACCAAGAACUGGCUUAGGUAUGAAUGAGAGCCAGAUCCUUGUGGCUCCCCGGUGUGAGCCAGUGAAUUGUGGCUAAUUCGGCUGUUUUAGCCACUGGUUGGCUGGAUUUUAAACCAUAAAACUUGAAAAAGGAACUGUGGCUACAAGCCUGAGCUUUAAUGGAAUAUACAUUCUCACAGAAAAGUUGGAGAUAACCAAAACUGAAGUCUUCCUCUACCUUCAGUUAAAUCUGUGGAUUUGUUCAGAUACUAAAGAUCCUCAGGUCCAGAAUUCCAGCAUCAUUUAUUCUUUUAAAAUAGAAUUUUAAGAACUUGAUCCACUGUAUCAGUACCUCACAAUCAAAGUUGGCAGAUGAUGGAUGCGCGAUUCCAGCAGCGUGCCCUUUGGAAGCUGAAAUCCAUCCGAAUGGAGCCGGAGUGAAUGCGAAUGUGCUGACUAUCUCCUGGAAGCAUUUUUAUACCAUCUUGAAAUUUCAACAAACUGGCUUUUGCCAGGUUAUCCAGCUGUCUUUCAAGAAUAAAAGUUGGGGUUUUCAAGGAUCGCCUCUUCUAUAUUUUAACUGGAUUUUCAGUAGAAAUGGUUUUUACUAAUCAAGUUAAUCCUGCCCCAUCGAAAGGUAUUCAUUCCUAGCAAUGUCACAGACCUAGGUAACUUUAACUUUGAGUCGAAUGGGAGAUAAUGUCCUUUCCAAAGUUUCAGGUAUGCUUUGUGUGACACCUUCUCAACUAGGAGGCAACCCCACCUCCACGAUCCUAGUAUUUUUUUUAACUGCAUGACUGCCCUUUAUUUGAGCUGCCUUUUAAUUUAUUGCAUACCCUUUUUAUUAUUUUGGUAUUAUUCAAUAUAUACAAUCUUUUUGUAUUUAUUGGGAAAUAAGUAAUAUACAAAAAGUUUGUUUUCAUGCAUUGUGGCUGAGAGGGAGGGAAUAUAAUGUGUAUAUAAAAUUAGGCUUUUUUAAAAAUUAGACUAUGAUUCAGAAUACUGUUAAUCUUAGAUUUUUUUUUUUUAAGUGGAAGAGCCACAAACAUCGGUGCCCUUUUCAGACUAUUUCUCUACUCAUCGUCCACAGUAGACUUUUUAAACAGUUUUUUUUUAAGCUUUUCUUUUUUCAAAAUUUUUCUCCGUUGCAAAGAAUGUUUCCUAAAUCGUAUGGGAGCAAUAGUAUUUUCGAUGUUUUAAUGACAUCCGUAUACUUGUACUGUAUUUUGUACCACAAGGCAGCUGUUUUCAAUAAUGUCCUGCUGUACUUACCUAUGUGUUUGGAGUGUUUAUUUCUUUGCUGCGGAGAACAAAACCCUAAAUAGUUUUAGUAAAGGAGCUGAGAAACUAGCAUUAGGUUUGCAGAAACUGUUUAAGUUUCAAACUCUGAGGCAGCAAUGAGAAUUAAGGUUGCAGCUGUAAGUUGGCUGCUGUAAGUUCUUCAUUUUCGAAACAUGUACAAUUCCUGUGUAGACCAAUUUGCUUUCUUGCUUCAGCGGUGGUCCUGUUGCUCAGCGGCAGUGAGCCAGUUCAGUUUUGCAAAGGUGCAGUACCUCUCCUUUUUAAGGGGCUGGUUUAUUUUUUCUUUUCUUUUUGUUUGGCUGAAUUGCAGUAACUAGCCUUGCCUUUCUAUUCUGUAGAAAUGACAGGGUCUUCACAAUCCUUCACCAGUGGCUACUAAGCUAUAAUUAGCUGAAUAGAAAGACUGUGGAAGUGGUCUGAGGCAUGUACGAGUAUAUGCCAAGAACACUGCCAUAUAUGGAAUCAGCUUUGGUUACCAGAGAAGUUUUCUUAGUCAUUAGACCAUAGAACAGUAAUAUAUCAUAUGUAAAUCUUUAGAUAUCAAUUGGAGAAUCCUCCAAAAAAAGGAGCAAAGAAUGCAUAAGCUAUGUGUUGGAAAAGUAAUUUAUAUUAAAAUUUUGACCUGCCUAUGUAAGAGUCAGUGGUAAAAAAAUGUCAUAGUGGUGGGUUUUAAGUCUUAACCAAUCUCAGAGGUCUGUUUCUCCUGCAGAGGUGGUCGAUGGCCUCUCUUCCCUCUGCAGGAGGGUUACAGAAGGCUGAGGAUUGAUGUAGCAUUUCACUGAUCCUCAUUCCAGUCACUAGGGACAAUAGAAACCUGCAAAGCACAGAGACGACACUUCUGAUGUGUUUAUUAAACGAGGUGAUAUUAAUGGGCCAUCUUCCAAAAUUCAGUCGUAAAUAUUGCUUAUUAAAAGAAAUGAUCGUUGUUAAAUCCAGGCAGAAAAUGUUGUGUUUUCAACCAUUGCUGUGAACAGUGAUUUAGGGCUUGUAUUUUGACCUUGGCAAACAUCCCAGCUAAUGACAUGUUCAAAAUCGCCAUGUGCCUGAGAAGUAGGGAAGUAAAAUUCUUCUCCGAUAAUUGAUAGAAUGUUCUUUCUCAAAUGGCUGCAGUUACAGAAGUGAGAAGUCCAAUUUUAGGAACAGAAUUGAAAGCAACACUCUGUGACGAGAUCCCAGGAUCCCUUCUGGUUUCUAUUGUCCCUAUCUGUCAGUCGAGUAGAACGGUAGUUCUAGUCAGCAGAGGACGUUGUCAGUGCAUAUGCUGCACCGAACACAGUGUAAAUCUGGAUGGCACCAAAAAUCAAAGCGAAAACCAAACCAAAACCCAGACACCCUAUGUUACUGUGGGAGGCAUGUAGGUGGUACAAUGACUGGAGCUGUGAUGCUCACACGGCUACUUGUCAGGUCACUUUCCAUAAUUAUUUACUGCAAAAUGAUUGAGAGGCUUUCCAUGUGGGCAGCCAUUAACCUCCUGCUUCCUUUCUUACCUCUUGAUCACUUUGCAGUAAAUUGCAGGUCUUUUAAGAGAUUCAAACUUCAGUUUUCUCAAAUCAAAACAAUUAUUCUGUCUUAUCUGAAAAAGCAGGGUUGUGGGCAAGAGAGGCGGUUAUAGUAAUGCCCUCAUAUUGAGUGGUCUGUAAACGGCUGCACACUUCAGGCGCUUGAGUUGCUGAGGACGCUUUGUUAAAUGUGACCUUGACUGGCUUUACAGGGGGUAGAAUGAUCUGCACAAGGUGUUAAAAGGUGACAGUUCAUUUGCGUCUACCUUGUUCCUGAGGUGAACGACAUUAAGAAGCCUGAGUGUGUAAGCCGUGCACAUAAGUAUUCUUCACUGUAAAUUCUGUUUUCAUUUGAACCCAAUUAUGGUACUUUGUCCAGUGCACAACUGAUCUCUCAGUAGAUAUUCAUUUGAAAAUAGUGUGGCCUUGAUGGGGAGAAGGGGGAGGAGAAAGUGACUUUGCUUUGUAAAAGCGGCUCGUUGCCGAGUCGUCUGCAGCACUCUUAGUGUCUAACGUGUCUUCUUAUUGAUCGGGGAAAUGUCAUGUUUUGACCCUGGAGUUAGUAAUCCAAUUGAGUUGUCUUCUAUUUUUAGGAAGUAUCAGAAUUGCUCUGAUAAGUACGAAGUUCACUGCUUUGGUGUCCAAGCUCAGGUUGUAGAAUAGUAUAAUGGUGUAAAAUCCCACCGUUAACUCUUAAAACAGUUUUCAUUUUAGUCCUCCCUGAAAGUCAUGCGCAUGAGGCCUGUUCAGAGAGCAGGGCCUCCCGUCUAUUUUUGCUCCUUGCCUGUUUUAUACUUCAUUGAGAACAUGUGGAGUGAUCUUAUGUUGUAUGUUGCCAUUUUAACCCUGACAUUUUUCUCAAGAUAAAGCACUUUUUUAUCGUGAAAGACGUGAACUGUGUGUGACAUGGAUUGUGGUCCCUCAGGCCCCGUAGAAAAGCAGCUUGUGGAGAUGGUUCUGACCGGUAAGAAGAGUACAUAUGGCUCAUUGCAAAUUAGAAAGUUUGUGUUACUGAUCCAGAAUGCAUUUUGCUGGCUUCCAGUGGAUGGAGAGUGACAGUGCUGCAUUCACAAUGUAGUUAGUUACUUUCCCUCCAGCCUUAAGGCAGCUUUUUUCUUUUUUGUCAACAGCACUGAAAUUAGAGUCAAUGAAUGAGCUGAUCAGUUUUCAGGGUUGGUUUUAGAGUCCUGUAAGCCAAUUAGCUGACUUCCUAAACAGUCACCAUUCCCAUUGAAUAAACUGAAUAAUGGGUGUGUGAGUGUGGCUGAUGGAUGGGGGUGGGGAGGGGAGGGGAGUAGAAAAGAACCACAUUUACCUUAAAAAUUACAGACAAAAAGAAAAAAGUGCAUGCUGUUGCCCCGUUUGAAAUUCCAAAUAUAAGGUAGAAAUGGCAGAUUAUAACUUAAUUUCCCAUUUUUAAUGUAGAAAAGCAGUCAUUAAUUUUCAGAUGUCAGACCCCAGGAGUGGCGAGAGCUAGCAGGAGCAGCCUCCUAGAUGAUGCAUUCUCUUGAUACAGCUAGCUUUGCUAUUUAGUGAAAAGUCACCAUUCCCAGUCCUCAGUCUUAAAACUUAGUUUCAUUACUGAUGGAUUUAACAGACUCUUAUUUCAACAAAUGUGGUCCAAUUUCCAAUACCGAAAAUUAAAUUUAGAAAAUAAUAAAAUUGUAUCAUGAAGACUACUCAAGUAAUUUCCAAUUUAUAUCCAUAUGUCUGAUCCAAGUAAGACCUUUAUGAAUGUAUUUUACAUUUCCUAAUGAAAUAGGGAAUAUGCCAUCAGUGUAAUCACCUGGACUCAGUCUCUUCUCACUUGAAAACCAGACUCAUGCCUCUUGAAUUAGACAUUCCAUCUGGGAGAAGUGACGUCAUGUUAAAACAAUAGCAACUGCCGUGUCGUAGUUUUGCUGCUCAGUAGGACUUCUAGGAAAGGGAGGACAGAGCGUCAUUUGAAGCUUAAAUGUUACCAUUUUUUUCUAUAGGUGAUUCUAACAAAAGGUUUGAUAAAAGGGACUAUGACUGUCCGUGUACUUAACAUGAGAUUUUGGAUCUAGAGCAUAUCUCACUUUCCCUGUGUAUAUCUUGAGCAUGACGAAUCGUGGACUGUUGGAGAGAAAGUGGUAGACCUGUCCAAGUUCAUUGUCCAGUAGCAUAUUGCAAAAGACAGUCUGUCUUUUUUAUCCUACCUUCAAUAACUUCCACAGCUAAGUCUUUCGAGAAAACUGAUUUAGACCACCUCUUCCUUCUCAGAGGCAGACAUGUCCCCAGGCUUACCCUCUCUCAAGGAGAGCAGGCUGGUUCACAAGUCUUGAUAUUUGGAAAUAGCAUGGCAAGUAGUAUAUUUUUUCCCUUUUAAAAUUACUUUUUCAGGGACAUACAAUUGCAGGGAGAGUCCUAAGAAAAUUGAAAAACAGGAUUAUAACCCUAAGCACAUUUUUAGGAAUUUGGGAGUUUGCUUUAAACUGUUCAGAUGUGAAACCUAAACCCUUUUCUCCCAGCCUCUCUGUACAGAAAGUCUGGACCCCUAGAGGUUAAUGGAGGGACCCAGCCAGACACCGAUUUUAAGUCAGUGCAGGGCAUACUUACAAAGCCAACUGUUUUGCACGUUAUGGUAGCAGGCAAGUACAUUUGAGUUUUUCAAUGAUUAUCAAUAUUUGGAUAAUGAGAUUAUUAGUGUAUAAUAACUUUUUUCUAAAGUUCUAGAAAAAUUAAUAGGGAUUUAUUCUUCCUCUUGCACCUUCAUGCAGAUGCUUUUCCACGAUCUGUUUUUAAAAUCCACCCGUCUCCUGAGGCGUUUCCAGAUAACACUUUCCAUUCUAUAGGAGCCUUCCCGCCAGCCACCUACCAGGGCUUCCCCAGAUGGAGUCUUCGCUCCAGAGUGGGGUGGAUGUCCUCCCAGUGGGGAACCCACAGCCAUGAUUUGAAUGAAGUCAAAACAGAUCUGGGUAGCAGGAGACAGUUUCCUGAUGUAGGUGGACAAGUAGAGUUUGGGUCGGGGUUACUUUACGGCCGUUUUGGGUUGUGUCAGUCUCUGUAAAUACCCACGUGCUUGUGCGUUGUAAACCAAGUGUGUCCUAUGUGUGAAUUUGUAGGACUGAUUUCUGCUUCAAGAGAAGCCGCACCUUUACUUUUAUAAGGUCCCCUCCACCUGUAACCCUAUAAAUAUUUGUAAAUAGAACACUAAAAUUUGUAGUGAUAGGAUCAGUUUGGGAAUAUCUGCUGAGAGACCAAAAAGUUCAUUUUUUUAAGUACCUUGGUUAAAGAGUAAAGAUUAUUCCUCCUAUUUUUAAAAGAAGAAUGCACUUUAACAAACAGCUGCAUGGGCAAUUCAAACAAACCUGUUCAGAAUCACACUUCCUGGAGACUGUUGAAAGCAGAGUCUCAUGGGCUGUUGAUCCCACUGCCUGGAGGUUGCAGCUCACAUGGGUCAGUUCCAGAUAAGCAGGGCUUCUUCAGAAGAGCAGUGUGAAUACGGCCAGCAGCUUCAGACAGGUCUCUAAGUGGCGGUCCCGUAUUUACCACUAACUAGCAAAACUGACAGAAAACUCACAGAGAAAGUUUAAGAAUCCUUACUGCUGGUGUGUACUCCUUACAAUAGCAGACUUUUGCAAAUGGAGUUUUACAGUCUAUAUUUAAAAAUUGUAUGUUUGUAACAAAUAAAGUAUGCGGAAAAGUGA